CUCAUCCUUUAGGACUUUAUUUCUCUUAGUCAUUAAAGAACGAUUUAAGAUAGGUAAGGAUCGGCCCUAUUUUGCUCGGACUCUGGAACUUGCCAUCUCUCACACCUAGCCUCUUCCCCGACGCCACAUACAGAAGCGAAACACCAAAGCUUUGUGUCGUAUCAUCCAAGCUGGUUAUCCCCCGUGCUACAGUGACGUAAUCUUACACUUGGCAGGUAUGUGAUAGAUUGAGCUUUUCCCCAGACCACUCCUUGCAUAGCACUACUUCAAGAUUUCGUGACCACCCAGAAGCUCACACCCUCACCGACAACCUAACUAUGCGUUCAUUAUCGACUUCCACUAUCACCAAUCAUGGCUGCACAGCAGCAUUUGCAAAUUAUCAAUCCUGAGCACAGCCAGGAGUGCCACUCCUUUCCACUGUUUCCUCAACUCCCUACAGAACUUCGACUCCAGAUAUGGCAGGUUUCACUGCAACGCCAGCGCUUAAUCACCAUUGAACUGCCUACCAGCCAAGAGGAAUACACGGCGGAAACAAAAAACCAUCUCGGAAGAUUCGUCCGUGAUGCACAUUGCUGUCCUACUGUAGUUGGGUCAAAGCUACUCAGCAAAUUCCUGCGGGUCAACAGAGAAGCAAGAGAUGCCACCCUUCGAUUUUAUCGAGUCCACGUACCCUGCCGCUUCGAGUUGGGUGAUGGCAAAGAAGACGGCACACUCUUCUUGAAUCCCGAACUUGACAUCUUGUAUAUCAAGUUAGGUCGGAAUGCACGUGGCUUCGUGGACCUUGUCUACAACCUACGCGCUUACGACCCGCUAGACGUCGGUCUCCUCAACCUUGCGUUAGAGAAAAAUGUUGUUGGCAAUCUCUCUAAGAUCAACAUCUUUGAAUCAGAGACACACGUGCAAAAAGCAUUUAGGGACACUGUUACGAAUCUAAGACAAGUUUAUCUCCUUGUGUUAGAAAAUGCAGGGCGCAUGUAUCUUGGUCCGUUGAACGGGAUCUCUACCCAAAUUGGGUAUGAGCUGCACCGUUCUCGACCCAUCAUGUCCUCGACUCCCACGUUCGAGCGUGUCGGACGAGAUCCCCGUAGCAGCAUGGAGAGGGAUCUAAGCCGAGUCUUUGCGGGCACUUUCGACCCUCGGCAAAUGCUCUAUCGGUGGCGUCGACUUCUUGAAAUGUGGGAGAUCGACUGCGCCUCUGGUGGCCCAGACUAUCGCCUCCUCAUUUCUCAUAGCUGGAGGACUGGGGCCAUGGGGAGGACAGGGAAGACUAUCUCUGACCGAGAGAGUGCGGCCGAAUGGCUGCAGAAAGAAGAAGAGCGUUGGAUUCGCGGUCAGGAGAGGUGUGCUAACAGGAUCCUAGCAAGAGGGGGCAGGAUACCUGUUGAGAGCACGGAGGAACUUGAGCGUGCUCCUAGACCGGCGAUAGGUUUCUGGCUAUUUCCCAUAGAGGCCAUGGGGCCCAUGCCGACUCCAGAGGAAACUGUAGACGAAUUUGGCGAAGGAUAUUCUUGGAAACCCAAGAGGUUGCUGGAUAUGCGGCAGUACUGGCCCGAGUUGUGCUUGACAUACAUGCCAUAAAUCUGACUUGCAUUACGAUAGAAUUCAGCUCGUUAUACGGUUACGGAUUUAUAUGGAUAUGUUUGCAAUUAAGAUACAUUUCAUGCGGUUCUAGUCCAAAUAGAUAGUUUACUUAGUUGCAUAGUUGUAUCAUUGUAGCCUACUUCUCUUAACAGCGCGAAACUAGCGAGAGUAAGAGCUGGCUGGGGAAUAGGAGAAAAUGUCUCAGCACUAUUUUGUAUUGACGAUCUUCAGUUGUAAGAGCAUUCGUCUAGCAGGUCUGAGCACGUGGGAUCGAUGUUGCCACUGGUUGAGGGAGUGGUUGAUUCGAAGUUAUCGACGUCACAUCUGGAUGAACUCAACAGGAGGAACAUACGAUGAUUAACAACCAAAGGCGGCUCAUUCCGCUCACUUAACUGAACCACCUCGGACUCUGCCCCAUAUUCUUAAUACCUAGUCUAUUAUUAGCUUA